CGGAGCUCGGAGCGACUGCCUCCCUCCCUCCAUCCUCAGCAUCACCCUCUGCCUUGCCUCCCACCAGUGUUUACUAUAGGUGAGAUGGCUGUAUAAAUUCCUGAGUGUGCGCAGAACGCGUCCUGUUGAGGAGAAUGGCAAAGAAGGAGCAGGAGAGGGAGAAGAGGGAGGAAUAAGGAACGGAGCUGAGCUGAGUGUUUACAGUCCACGGGGGGGGAACGCACACGGACGCGCGGAAACCACUGGAAACGGGGAGAGGCGGAAGAACGAAGGAGGAAGAGAGAGAGAGAGAGAGAGAGAGAAAAAAGAGCAAAUAUUGCCAGUUAAUUUGAGAAUAAAACCUCGAGCUCUGUCGGAAUAAGGCUUGGCGCUGUUCAGGGAUGGAAUAAAGCUGUGGACACGGAGUUGUUCAGAUGACUGCAGUCCCUCAUGGCGCUCAUUCAUGAACCUCGUGCCCCCUCUCCUUCCCUCUCCGGCUUUAACAGCCCACUCUCUGAUCCUCCGUCUUUUCGGCGUCUCGAUGUAGAAACUCCCUGCACGCCGGAAAUGGACUUGACCCCGACCCAGUGUGUCCUUCGCAAUGUUUUGUCUAUAGAAACCGGGGGCGACGUCGAGCCCCGGACCGCAGGAGGAGACGGCCAGACCCCCAGGCACAACCAGACGCCGGGCGACGAACAACAGGAGCACUUCGCCAACAGCGUCCUGAAGCUCCACGAACACGAUGGGACUCCCGGACGGACAGAGGGCGAGGGACAGGAGCCGGACGGCGGCACGGUCAGAGGUCAGGUGUGCGACGCCAGGUUGCAGUGCCAGUCUCCGGGAGGAGGCGGGGGCUUCCUGGAGGGGCUGUUUGGAUGUCUGCGGCCCGUCUGGACUAUGAUCGGCAAAGCCUACUCCACGGAGCACAAGCACGACCUGGACGAGGCCUGGGAGGUGCCGUUCGAGGAGAUUUCGGACCUGCAGUGGGUGGGCAGCGGCGCUCAGGGCGCCGUCUUCCUGGGUAAACUGCACGGACAGGAAGUGGCGGUUAAGAAAGUGCGAAACAUCAAAGAGACGGACAUCAAGCACUUGCGCAAGCUGAAGCAUCCCAACAUCAUCACCUUCAAGGGUAUUUGCACCCAGGCGCCGUGUUACUGCAUCAUCAUGGAGUACUGCGCCCAGGGGCAGUUGUACGAGGUCCUGAGAGCAGGCAGGAAGAUCACGCCCUCCCUUCUUAUGGACUGGGCCAUGGGCAUCGCCGGGGGCAUGAACUAUCUUCACCUUCACAAGAUCAUCCACAGAGACCUCAAGUCACCAAACAUGUUGAUCACCUACGACGAUUCCGUGAAGAUCUCUGAUUUCGGGACGUCCAAAGAGCUCAGUGACAAGAGCACCAAGAUGUCGUUCGCGGGUACGGUGGCCUGGAUGGCUCCUGAGGUCAUUCGCAACGAGCCCGUUUCAGAGAAGGUGGACAUUUGGUCCUUCGGUGUUGUGAUGUGGGAGAUGCUGACGGGGGAAGUACCCUACAAAGAUGUGGACUCCUCUGCCAUCAUCUGGGGAGUGGGCAACAACAGUCUACAACUGCCCGUACCUGAAGGCUGUCCAGACAGCUUCAAGCUCCUCCUGAGACAGUGCUGGAACUGCAAGCCCAGAAACAGGCCGUCGUUUCGACAGAUCCUCCUGCAUCUGGACAUCGCCUCGGCCGACAUGCUGUCCACGCCGCAGGAAACUUACUUUCAGUCUCAGGUGGAGUGGAGGGACGAGGUGAGGCACCACUUUGAAAAGAUCAAGUCUGAGGGCACGUGUCUCCACAGACUGGACGAGGAACUGAUCAAACGACGCAGAGAAGAACUCAGACACGCACUGGACAUCCGGGAGCACUACGAGCGCAAACUGGAACGAGCCAACAAUCUGUACAUGGAGCUUAAUGCCAUCAUGCUGCAGCUGGAGAUUAAAGAGAAAGAACUGCACAAGAGGGAACAGUCGCUGGACAAGAAAUACCCGGGCGUCUUCAAGCACCACAGCUCCAGACAGUCGGCCUCGUCCAACUCCAUGGAGAAACUAAUGAAGAAGCGCAACGUACCUCAGAAGCUGCCGUCGCACAGUAAGAGACCGGACCUAUUAAAGUCCGAAGUCAUCCUUCCCAAACUGGACUCUUCCAUGACCCAGGUCACCAUCCCCAACAAAGGCUCUACCUCGCCUGGCCGCUCCCGUCGAGGAAAACCCCGCUACAGGAAGGCUGGAAAAGGCAGCAGUGGGGAUUUGGCUCAACUCAAGGCCACUCUCUCCUCGUCUUUAGCAAUGGUCAACGUCACGUCAUCGGUUCCCAGCAGCAAGAACCACCUGGACCCCAGCGCGGCCCUGAGAGGCCUGCAGCAUGACCUGCUGCUAAAGAAGAUGUCCUCCUCCAGCCCCGAUCUCAUAUCUACCACCCUGGAAGCUGAGGGCAGGAGGAAGGGGCAGGUGAGGGCCGGCCUGGACAGGGCGGGCAGUCAGAGCGCCUCGGCCGGGCUGGAGGAAAGCGUAAGGACUGUAGGACCGGAGGAGGGGCCGGAUGUGGGUGUAGGGGCGGACGACCUAGCAGAGACACCUCCGCGCAGCGGAACGCCCAGCGAAGAUGCGGCUUCUAUACCGUUCUCCAGCAGCCCCGAUUCACCGUGUGGGAGAGGAGCCGCCGCCGGGAGGUCGUCGGUGCUCGGCAUCACCCGCGUCCCCAACGACAGCGAGGACAAGGAGGAAGGGACGGUGAUGACGCGCUCGCCCAGAAGUCAGCGUCUCACACCUGCAGCGCUGCUCUACAGGGCAGCCGUAACACGCAGCCAGAGACGAGGUCUGUCCUCAGAGGAGGAAGAGGGAGAAGUGGACAGCGAGGUGGAGCUGCCGAGAAGACGGCGUCCCAUGAGCAUGACCAAAUGUCAGUCGCUGUCAACGUUCAGCUCAGAAAACCUGUCCGUCUCAGACGGCGAGGAGGGAAACACCAGCGACCACUCCCACAGCGGCACGCCAGACGUGGUCAGCACCAACACGGACGAGCGUCUGGACGACAAGAGCGACGACCUGCUGUCUCAGGGUUCAGAGAUUCCCGCCGACCCGUCUGACCCGACCCAGCUGUGCUCCGACGGGCUGUCCGAGAAGGAGGCCAUCCUUCGACAAGUCAAGAGCCAGCUGGCUUCAAACGAUCACAAUUACGGGGGACUUUACGAUGAUUCAGACUGUGACAGCACCGAGCUUGACCACUCGUGCAGCGCCGAGCCAAGCCAGCCCCCAACCAACUGGUGAAAAAGCAACACCUCGGGCCCACUCAAGGGUCUGGGUUCUCAAUGCUUUUGCUCACUUCCACAAGAUGUCAGAGAGCAGCGAGGCCGAAUCAGGGAGAUGGGAGUCAGGAAGGAAGGAAGGAAGGAAAGAUCUCACACGGUACAGAACAAACGCCCAGCUGAUGGAGAAGCUUCGUCCAUCCUUUCCACUGCGACUGCCCCGAGUACCGAAAACACCGUUAAACACCUCAGCUGCAGGGGCCUGACUCAAAGGUCAUCAACACAAACGUUUUUUUUUUCAUUUCAUUUUCCACCUUAAUUUAUGUUACUUUGUUUUAUUUAUUUACGUGUCAUGUCUUUAAUGCCCCAGCAGGGGCUUCAUUCUGAAAAAAUGCACUUAAUUCUUUUUUUUAUAUAUAUAUAUCGUCCUAAUUCCUCAAGACCCUCGUGUCACAUCCGCGAGAGAUCGUUUUUUUUGCACUAAUUUAUUUAUUCAAAGCAAAUCCAAAUGACUUUUUUCGAAAAAGAACAAGGUUUACAUUUUCACCUAUCGUUUAUAUAUAUAUAUCUUUUUUUUUUAUUCGUACUCGUGACUCGAUUAUGUUUGCCAUUUUCUACAUCCGCAUUUUAAUAUUGAUGUAAAUAUGCAACGCUGUACAAUGAACAAAUUUUUUUAAACGAUGUGAGAUUGUUACAUUUAAAAGGUGCUGACAUUUCUAAGUAGGUGAAGCUAUUCUAUUCCAAUGAAAAAGACAUACGGUUGUAGAAUGUACUGUAGCUGCUGUUCAUGUUCAUGAGCAUCUAAACAGAGAGAGAGGGAGAGAGAGAGAGAGAGAGGGAAGAAACAACAGAACGUUUAAAAAAAAAAGCAAUAUGUCUGCUUGGUUGGAGAGCGAUGUCAUAUCACAGGUCAAAGUGAUCUGCACUUGAGUUCGUUAAGGCAGACAGGCUUUUGUUGUUGGUAAUAUUAUUGCAGUGUUAAUUGUAUUAAAACACAAUAUGAGUUUGUUUUCUAAGCAUCUUGGCCACUGGGUAUGUACUAUGAACAACAUUGUUUUUUUUGGGUUUUUUUUUUUCUAUUUCUGACUCUGAUUGACAUUCCAAGCGUACAAUAGAAAAGCUACCAAAGGAAGUGAAGACAUUGAAUGGUAUUUGUAAUACACGGACACGAGCACAGAACAGGAAAAAUUCCAGUAUCAUAUGUAGCCUCAGAAAACAGUCAUGUCGCCAUGUCCUCUCUUCAAAUCCUUGCCCAAGAUAAAGAACUUUAUUUUUCAAUUUUAUAAAGAUGUCCAACAAUUACCUUACAUUUACUAUGUAAUGAACAGGUCAACAAUCCAUAAGCUAAAUCAAUGGCAGCUUAUUUUCUUUCACCCCCCUCACCCCCUAAGAUCAAAUGCUAAAAAAUCCGUUCACUGGUAAAGUGUUGCCAAAAAGCAUAAACACUGCCCUCUAGUGUCUUGAAGGCAGGUGUUCCCGAUCCCCAUGAUGCUUAUUGAGAAACAACCCAGUAUGUGAAAUGUUUGCAUUUUAUACUGCAUUAUUGUAAUUGUAUAAUAAAUAUAUUUCAAACGGUGUAAAAAAAAAAAAAAAAAAAAGGAAGAACAAUAAAUCCAUUCCUGGAAAAACAA